ACGUGACUUCUCAGAAAUACCCACAAUAUCGCCAUGGUUUGACUGUUUGUCACUCAUCGAUGUAAAAGAAUUACAGUAAUUCUUUUAAUCAUACAUGUGUUACGCCCAGAUGUUGUCUUAUAUGAACAAAAGUUUUGGCAACUCUUUAGAAAAAAAGCUAUCUGAGUGCCUCGAAUGCUUAGUUGACAUUUUCUUCGAAGCCAUGCAGCCUCGUAUUAUUAUAUCAGCUAUGUUGCCUGUCAACAUAUCAAUUGUUUUGGCUGUUGGAUUAUUUGGAGCAACGUGUAUCAGAUGCAAUCCAAUGCCAAAGACUGUAGGCAUUGUCUAUCCAUGUCUCGUCGAAAGCCGCAACGAUGGCGGUGAAAAGGUGAUCAAAAUAUCUGAAAGCAUCACGUUAAAUUUGAAGAAGAGUUCGGUAGUAAGCAAGAAGUUUCUGCUAAGAACUUACCAGGAUGACAUUAUGGAACACAACUACCUCGAUGGCGAAAUACUCGAGAAAAACCUUUAUCACGACGCCGAGUCGUUUGCUUCAGUUAUAGUGCUUCACGAGGAUGGCCUGAAAGUUGAAGGUAUCGUAAGCUCCAUGCUUGGAAUAAAGCCGAUGACGACAAGAGAAAGGUCAGCAGACGGCAGCAUUCCUCACGCCUUUUAUGAGCUGCCCCGAGACAAGCCCAAUGACAAAGCAACAGGACAAAAGACGCUAUUCUCCUCAGUCUAUUCCAGCUUUUAUCCUGAGCAAAAACGUCGUCCAAAAAAAGUUUCCAUGGAAAUUAUGGUACUUGUUGACAGUUAUUUUCGAAGGCAGUUUGAGGACAAGAAUUCAAUGUUGACGUACCUUUUGGUAACCAUGAAUGCAGUAAACUUGAAGUAUCUUACAGUAUCAGACCCAGAAGUAGAAAUUAUCCUUCGAGCGGUGGAAGUUUUUAACCACCACGUGGAAGAUAAAUUCUUCGUACGAAAUGGAAGCAACUACUUAAGAGAUCGGGAGACACUCUUUAAGCUACAGAGAUACAUAAUAUAUAAUUAUCAUCUGUACUAUACCUUCGAUGGCUUGUACUAUACAACUGGCCUCGACUUGGGCUAUUAUUACGUUACUGGCUUCGAAACUGAUGUCCAAGGUUUGGCUUUCAUUGGUGGUGUGUGCACCAUAGAUAAGCUCGCCAUGGGCGAAGACAAAGCAUACACCUAUAGCGGCGUACGAGUAACCGCUCACGAGCUUGGACAUCUGCUCGGCUGUCCCCAUGAUGGAGAACAAUACAGGUUCUUCUCAUCGAAGAAUUGUUCGAACAGCGAUGGCUACAUCAUGACUUACUGGUCGAACAGCAGCAGGAGCAUGAAAUUCUCUGAAUGUUGCAACCGGGCCAUAUCAGAACUUGCACGGUCACCGUUUGGAGACUGCCUAGAAACCAAAAACGCAACUCGACGAAUAAACAAGAAUCUUGACACUAAAGCUCUUCCUGGGGAAAUGUUAACAAGGGAUCAAGUGUGCCAGCAUGCCUUUCCCAACGUUCGAGACAUUCGAUUUGUAACAGACGAUGGUAUAGCCAGGUGCUACGCUUCUUGUCGUUCCGACACAAGCAACAUAACUCUAAGGACAAUGCUUCCGGAUCAUUCACCGUGCAACGAGACGGGCUUUGAAAGAACACAAUCUAGACGUGCAAGCGGACACAUUUCUCAGGAAGACAUGGUUUGCGUCAAUGGUGAUUGCAGAGCGAAACGCUCAAAAUAGCCUGUCGAACCAGAAACAGUUCCAACCCGGCAAUAAAUUUUCUUCAACA